ACCUUGGUGAAUGUGGCUUGAUGAACAAUAGUAGUUUUAUUUUUCGUUGUUUUGGUGCUAACACGUGUUGGGAAGUUUCAUUAUUUAAAUACAUAUAAAAAAUAAAAAUGCCUAAAUCAAAAAGAGAUAAGAAAGUUUCCCUUACUAAAACUGACCGUAAAGGAUUGGAAUGGAAGCAACAAAUAAUUGAUGACAUCCGAAGGUGUACUGAAAAAUAUCCAAAUAUAUUUGUAUUUCAAGUACAAAAUAUGCGUAACAACUUACUAAAGGAUUUGAGACAAGAAUGGAAACAAAACUCCAGAUUUAUAUUCGGGAAAAAUCGCAUUAUGCAGAUAGCAUUGGGCAGAACCAAGGCAGAGGAAAUAGAAGUCGAUUUGCAUAAAUUGUCAAAGAGGCUCACCGGACAAGUUGGUUUAUUGUUUACUGAAAAAAGUAAAAAAGAUGUCUUAGAAUGGGCAGACAAUUAUUGGGCUGUGGAGUAUGCCAGGAGCGGUUUCAUCGCUACUGAGACAGUUGUUUUACCCGAGGGACCUUUAUCAGAAUUUUCACACUCAAUGGAACCUCAUUUAAGAUCUUUAGGAAUGCCUACAUUAUUGAAAAAAGGUGUAGUAACAUUAUUUUCAGACUAUACUGUUUGCGAAGAAGGCAAAGUAUUGACACCCGAACAAGCACGUAUACUUAAACUGUGUGCAAAACCAAUGGCAAAAUUCCAAUUAACAAUCAAAUGUUCUUGGACCAAACCGGAUGGGUUUGAAUUGCAUGUGGAAGAUGAUCUUAAUGAUGACAAGGUUGAUAGCGGGCAAGGAGACGAAGAUGAGGAUGGAAUGGAACAAGAUGAAUCAGAUCUUGAUGAAAACUAAUGUAAAGAUAUUUUCGUAUGGAUUCAGAUUUAGAAUAGUAAAAAUGUAGGAUAAGAUUUACUUUGUUUUAUUCGUUUAUAUUUCAAUAAAUGUAUAAAUUUCCACAGAUUAA